AUGUCGGCGACAACCGAGUACGGCAACUCUCGGGCCAGCUUCGGCCUGCUGAUCGAUGGAGAGGACGUUCACCCUUCAAAUACGUUUCCAGUCCCGGACCCCAUCACGCAGAAGACAGUCCAUCUUGCUCCUGCAGGUCUCCGCGAAGAUGCGACGCUGGCUGUCGAGGCGGCAGAGAGAGCGUUCGAGUCAUGGCGCGACUCGACGCCACUGGAGAGGCGCACCAUCAUGCUGAAGGCUGCCGAGAUCAUGCAGGCUCGCCGCGAAGAGCUCUCCGGGAGCAUGAUGAAGGAGACGGGCGCAAAGGCCAGCUGGGCGGCGUUCAACAUCAAGACCGCCAUCGAGAUGGUUCACGAGGCCGCCGGCAUGGCGACACAGAUUAAGGGCGAGAUUUUGCAGAGCAAUGGCAAAGGCACUCUGGCCAUGAAUUUCAAAGAGCCUUGCGGAGUCGUACUUGGUAUCGCGCCCUGGAAUGCGCCAAUCGUCAGUACCAGUCCCGUGAAGAUGUGA